AAUACCGGCUAACAAGUAGCGAAAGCGAAGAGAUCUUAGAGCCGUUAAAUUCCUGCAGCAGCACGUGUUUCAGACUUUUCCCUACGUUCGAAUAGAUCCGCGUUAAUUCCUUCGUCAUUCCUUUAAAUUAUCCGUGUUAAUUCCCAAAAAGAUUUCAGUGAUCAAUGUGUUGUUACAAUUUCGAAAAUAAUGCCGCGUAACGUUAAAGAUUCGGAGGAUGAGUUGGAGACCAAAAGUGGUAGAAAAACAAGAACAAUGUUGAAUCCCUCGGUUCUCGAUUCUCCGUUGAGAAGAAGCUCAAGAAUCAGGCAGCCGAUGUCUCAGAAUGAUUUGUCACCAGAAUACAAUAGCGACGCGUCUGUUACCAGUGGAACUAAAAGCACAAGACGUCGUACAACGGCUCUUGAUGCUAUUAAUCCUGAACCCCAGAGGAAUUUAAGAACAAGACACAAUUCUGCAACUUCAGACCUCAGCGAACUUGCAGAAAAUGAUUCGGCAACGGAAUCAAUCGGCAAGCGUAUUACAAGACGCAGUAUUGCAACUGUUUCCUCUGUUGAAACUUCCUCAAAAUUACCGCCUAAAACAAGACGAGCUACCAGAGCCGGGUCAGAAACAAAAUCAACGCCGCCAGUGGGCAGAGUAACUCGCAGGACCCGAGCAAGCUCAAUGGAACCGGAAAUAACAGACGAUACGAGAAUUGAGAAAGGUGAUACUCCUUUGAAGACACGGAAACGUGCAUUGGCAAUGCCAUCUGAGCCUGCGGUUGUUGAAGAGUCGGAAGAUUCACGAAUCGAUAAAACUGUUUUCGACACUGAUGAAGACGAAUCUGAAACGUCGCCUAACGUCUCAAAAUCGUCACGCAGGAAAUCGAAAGGUGACGCGACAGAAGACGAAAAAAUGGAAGUCGAUGAAACUCGUGUUGUGGAAUCUGAAGUCGACACGACUGAUAGAUCGUACGACGAAAAAACGGAGGAAUCGUGUAAAGUCAGCGACUCGAGGGUUUCAGAAACGUUGGAAAAUCAAGAAGAAACGACGGAUAUAUCGGAAAUCGUAGAUAACAACGAGAAGUCUCCAACACGGCAAAGUAUUUCGAGUCUUACCGAGGGCUCAUCUUAUACGAUUGGGAAUUCGUUGGGCGACGAAAGUCCGGGAAACAAAGAAAGUAAAAUAUCAAAUACGAGCUAUACCUCACCAAAGAAAACUUCACAAGCUGGAGAAAUCCGACUUUCACCGAGAAAAUCACUGAAUCCAUCGUUAUCAAAAAUUGCAGAAAGACAUUGUUCGGUCACGCUCGAUACUGAGCUCGUAUCUGUGUAUCAAGAAACAAAAAAGAUUUCAAAAGCUCAAGAAAAUGCGGCGAGCAAGGGCGUUCUGAUUAGCGAAAUUUCGACUUCCAAAGAUUAUUCUUUGGAUACUAAAUGCCUCGUCGUAAUCAAGCCGAUAAACGUUGAGCAAUUAGCGUCUUCGAAAAAUCAGUUUUCAAAAAUUGGUAGGAAGCAGGACUCUACAGAUAUUGAAGACAAGAAAGGAGAAGCAGUCCUAGAAAUUUAUAGCAAAUUGGAAAACAACAAAAAUGUUGCAGACGAAAUACACGUAACGAAAAUAAUUGACGUUAUUAACUUGGAGGAAGAAUGUUUUGAAGAGCAAGAGGGUAAAUCAGUUAAAUACAGAGAUGAUUUACAAAUAAAUGAAAUAACAGAUUCGAGCCACACCAUAGACACUCCGAGAGUUUGUGAUAACUCUAUUGUGAAUCAAGAAUCACAUGGAAAGUCCUCGACUAUUGAACUAGAAGAAUCAUUGACUGACGAGGAAGCAUCCAUGAGAUUGAUAGAAUCGGAAGAGAACGAUGAUAUAAUUUUCUGUGACGAAACAACAAGCGAGAGUGCAGUAACCUUGGUUCGUGAUGGAUCGCUAGAGGAAAAAGAUUCAAAAAAUCCCCAGGAAAUCGCACAAAUCUCGUGUAAAAAAGUUACGACAACGAUCAUAACUGAGGUCUGCGAAGAAGAUGAAGAUAAAAAAAUUUCAUCGAGUGUCGAUGAAGAAGCUCCAUUAAAGCUUGAUGAAGAAACUGCAUCGAAAGCUGAGGAAGCAAAUCCAUCGGAGUCCAAAAAAGAAACUGCUACGGAAGCAGAGGAAUCAGCUCCGUCGGAGGCCCAAGAAGAAACUGCAUUGGAUGUUGAGGAAGCAACUCCAUUAAAACCUGAUAAAGAAACUCCAUCGAAGCCUGGUGAAAAAAGUGCAUCGAAACCUAAUGAAGAAACUGCUUCUAAAGCUCAGGAAGAAAUUGCAUCGAAACCCGAGAAACAAAUUGAAUUCUGUAAAAUCGCGAAUCCUAGCACGGGGUCAAUAACCAAUAGAGUUUCAGCAGACAUUGAAAUGUCAAAAGAAUGUGACGACAGUGAUGAAACCAAAAAAAUCAGUGACGAAUCGCUUAAAGACCGAAACCCUUCCAUUGUUACAGAACUGCCGGUGAAGGAGACGUACGCUGAGGAUUCACUGAAGGAACUUGAUGCCCCAGAAAAAAGGAGGUCAAUUGGGGAAUCAGGGAACGAGCCAGAGGGGAUCGAGAAAAAAGUCGAAGCGAAUGAGGAAAGUGAUGGGAUGCAAGUUUUCGAAAGCGACAACGAGAGCGAGUCCAUCGUUUGUCCAUCUUUUAAAGAUAUUCCUGCGGAUGAGUGGGUCGAUCGUGGGAAUAAAGAAGAAAAUUCUAAAUCGAAUCAGGAUAGUGAUUCGGUUCAUUCAUACUCCACCGAGAAGAACGAGAACGAAUUGGAUGUCGCCCUUGGUGACAAAGAACCUUGGCAGCCUUCGCGCAAAAACAAGAGAGACAGCGGCGAUAAAAACACAAAUGACGACUCUGACGAUACGAUAAUUGCUAAAUUCGACAGAGAAUCCAAUGCUUUUGUCGAAAUUGGAGGAAAACUCGUCGAUGGGAAAAGACUUGGCAAAGACGAGCUCAACGAGGAAGCUCCGAUGGACGUUUCAGACAACGCCAUCGACGAAUAUGAGCAAGAAGAAUCCAAUGUUUCCAAGAAAACACCAAAAAAACGCUCGAGCCUUGACAGCUCCACGAAACAUCCCAAUGACAAUGAGAAAACUUCGAAAAAUCGUUCGAGUGAAUCUCCUUUGAACGUUUCCAGACAUUCCGAAUCGAAUUUGUCCAACAAGUCGGUGAAAAGACGAAGUUUGAACGCUUCGCAACAAAAAGAAAAAUCCAGCGAUGAUGAGUAUAACUCUGAGAUGAACGAGUCGAGAAAGUCUCUACAGUCUGAGCAAUCAUCAAGAAAAUCGCUGCUUGCUUCAGCUAAAAAAUCCAAUACUUCUGUUUUUAAUACGAGCACAUCUGAGAAUCGCAAAUCUUUGAAUAAACCUGAUUUUCAGUCUCUGGAGGACUCCGGAACUGAGGAAAUUGAGAAAAAAUCUAGGAGAUCGGAGAGUAAGAGGAACUCUUUGAACAACUCAAAAGCUGAACAAACGAAUGUGAGCUUAAAAAAUGUCGAGGAAAAUGAAUCUUCAGAAAAAUUGAACGAAUCUUCGAAGUCUGACAGCAAACGUACGUCGAUGAAUGAUAGAAGAAGCUCGAAAAAUGCCGAAGAGGUCGAUAAUUCUUCGGAAAAGUUGAACGAAUCCUCAAAAUCAACCAGCAUUAAAAAACCGUUGGAAAACGGAGCAGAUUCGGACGUCGAGCUUGAAAGCUCGGGUUCCGAAAUCGAUAAGUUCGACAAUUUGUUGCAACAACUAAACGAGUCCACAAAAUCGAAAAAUGCUCGUGAAUCGUUGAACAAAAAUACUUCGAGAAGUCAAGAGCAAAGUUCAGAUUCAGAAAACGAAGGAAAUUCCGAUUCUCACGGAAAAUUGAACCGUUCGACGAAAUCUAUGAGCGAUCGCAGAUCGUUGAACAAAAAGACUUCGAAGAUACAAGAGCUGAGUUCCGAGUCAGAAAAUGAGGAAGAAUCAGCUGGAUUAAACCGGUCCUCGAAGUCUACGAGCGAUCGCAAAUCCUUGAAUAACAAAACUGUUUCAGAAAUCCCGGAAGAAAAUUCUGAAUCAGGAAUCAAUGAAGAAACAACAAAAUUAAACCGGUCAACGAAAUCCGUGAGCGGUCGUAAAUCGUUGAACAAAAAUACCUCGAAAAUUCAGGAGGAAAAUUCCGAAUCGGAAAACGAGAACCAACCAGCACAACUGAAUCGAUCGACGAAAUCUAUAAGCGGCCGUAAGUCAUUGAAUAACAAAAGCACUUCGAAAAACCAGGGAGAACAUUCCGAGUCAGAAAUCGAUGAAGAAAUAGCUGAAUUGAGCCGAUCAACGAAGUCUGUGAGUGGUCGUAAAUCGUUGAACAAGAAUACUUCAAUAAUUCAGGAACAAAGUUCCAAUUCCGAAAUGGAAGAAGAAACCGAUUCCCAGACUGAAAUAAACCGAUCUCUGAAAUCGAUGAGUGAUCGUAAGUCAUUAAACCUCAGAAAAAGUUUGAAGAGCCACGAACAAAGUUUCGAAUCGGAACUGAAUAGAUCAUCGAAAUCGACGGGUAAUCGUAAAUCGUUAACCACGAAAAACACUUCGAAAAUCCAGGAAGAAAGUUCUGAUUCAGAAAUGGAAGAAGAAGAAGAAGUUCAAUUGAACCAGUCCUCGAAAUCGACGACCAAUCGCAAGUCGUUGAGCAACAAGAACAGUUCGAAAAUUCAGGAACAGAGUUCUGGUUCAGAAAUAGAAGAAGUUCAAUUAAACCAGUCCUCGAAAUCGACGACCAAUCGCAAAUCGUUGAGCAACAAGAACAUUCCGGAAAUCCAAGAACAGAACUCUGGUUCAGAAACGGAGAAUGAAAACAACUCCGAGGUUAAUCAAUCUGCGAAAUCCAAAAAAAAGUUAUCAACAACACAUAAUGGUUCAAUCACAAAGCCGGUGGAGUCCGAGAAGGAUUCUGACUCCGAAAGUUCGACGAAUGAGGACAACUCGAGCCAAAAACUUCCUCUAUUUUUGCGCGAGGAAAACACAUGCAGCGGAGAAGAAGAAGAAGAUUCGGAUCCUAGCAUCGAUCCCGACAUCGUAAAUGAGAUGAACCUGCAUGGGAAAAGUUCUUUGGUAUAUUCGGAUGAUGAUGUCCCUGGUGACGAUUGCAUGGCGACGGAAUCGGAGUCAAAUGACUCGGAGGACGACGAUGGUGAAGAUUUAAAAGAUUUUGUAGUACACGAUGACGAGUACGACAGUGAGGAUGACGGGGAUUCUGAGCUAGGUGACGAUGAACAGGAGUCAGCGCACAAAAUUCGCAAAGUCAAGAACAAAAAGCGAAAAAGAAUCAUUCCAACGGCGAGUAGUGAUGAAGAUUCUUUGGACAGUGAGAAGGAAGAUGAAAUCAAGAAAUCAUCAAAAACCUUUUUCAAUAAAGACGAUUCUUUGGAGCAGACAAAAACACGGACGAAUAAGAAAAUCAACGAAUCGUUGAAAGCUAAAAAUAGCAAGUCUCCUGUCAGUUCGUCAACCUUGGCAAGUGAAGAAGAUUCAGAGAACGUCCGAGUUACGCCAAACAGUGGAAAAAAAUCAAAAACCCCGAAGAAGAGUUUACACAAAAACAACGACUCGAUUCAAGUGCUCGAAGAAAUCAUCAAUUUGAAUGAAUCUGUUCAAGGCCCACUAAAGAAGGCACACAAACUGUUGUCUCAAAGCAGCACACCAAAAUUGUCGCCAAACAAAAAGAAAACAUUGGAAAAACUGAACUCCUCCAAAUCCUCGAAACUCGACAAUUCCAAGCUCGAAAUUUCUGUCAAAUCUCCGGAGACUGAGAGCAACGCAGCGAUAGAUACACCCGCCAAAUUGUCCAUGAGUUCCAGGGGAACGAAAACUCCAAAAACACCGAAAUCGCAGCUGCAAAUGAGCUUGCCAAUAGAGCUUAACGUUUCCAGAACUGAAACGAUUUUAUCGAACGUCAAAUCACCGAAAUUGUCAGCGCUCCAUCAAACCAUGACUACGAUCGUCAAUGAUAAUUCGGAAACAAGGUUCCUCAUGAAAGAGAAAUUGAAUGAGAGUUUGCCCGCGUCGAAUUUGGUCCAAUCAGGAACAGGAUUGCGAAGAAGUGUUUUGCUCGAGCUUCGGGGAAAGAUGGAGCGGGAGAAGGCCGAGAACAGCGAAAGGAACGUCGCAACGACCAUCGAUCAAUCGAUUAUCGAAGAAACCGUUGAGCCGGAAGCUGCAAACGUAGGCAAGAAAAAGAAGAAAAACAAGAAGAAGAAGGAAGCAAGUGUAGAAAUUGUCGAAAACGUCGUGACCUUGGACGAGAGCCAAGAGCAAGAUGAUACGGACGUGACAUCGAAGAAAUCUAAAAAACGUAAGAAAAAUAAGAAUCAAGUGGGAACGAUGGAAGUUGAAGAAACGGGAGAAAUCGAAAUGGAAAAAGGCAUGAAGAAGAAGAAGAAAAAACAGAAAACGUCUCAAGUAGAAUUGAGCAAGGAAAUCGUGCAUGAUGAAGCUGUCGUUGAGAAAAAGAAGAAAAAACAAAAAACAAACGUUGAGGAAGAUAUUGCUGAAGAGUCAGAGAAGAAAAAGAAAAAGAGGAUGAAACAUGUGACGAUCGUCGUGCCGGAAGAAAUGAUCGAAGAUUCGAUAAAAACGCCGAAAAAAACAAAAGCACAGAGCACGAUCAGCACCGGAAAUACAAAAAUAAUUCAAAGUGCCACUGACGGAAGUUCCAAAGGGUUAUCCACCAGAAUAAAGAGACUCCCUGAGGACGUUCUCGAGAGUCUGUCGCAGAAUUCUGAAAGACCGAAGAAACGUAGGAAAAUCGCAAAUGAAAAUCAAAUUUUUCCCUCCGAAAGUAUGUUCAGCCCUGGCGGCCAAACUUCACAAAAUGUCAAAGUUGAAGAUGAUUAUAUAUCCCUUAGCUCAUUCGGUGGUACAACGCGGUUUGAGAGUGUCGAUCUUAGUAAAUUUAUGAAAAAACCCAAUAAAAAAUCGAGUACUGUUCAAAGCUUCCGCGAACGAAUGCUGUCGAGAAAUCCACGACAACCGAUUUCUGCUUAUCUCAUGUAUCAACAGAAACAAAAAGCUGCGGGUAAAAAUAAGCGUAAUUGAAACUUGUAAAAGAACACAACAACAAAAACAACAUUGUAAACAUCGUUGCAUAUUUCCUUUUUUAUUCUUUAGAUUCAUUUUUUUUAUAUUUCAUUCCAAACUGGUCGCUCGCCUCCUGCGAAAAUAUUUCGGUAGAUUGGACAACCUCGUUUCCAUACCGGUUUAAAAAUUGAUCGAACGAUUGCAGAAAAUCAUGAUCAAAAUAACAAAUCAAUAAUCAAAUGAAAAAAAUCGUUUCAAAAACCCUUAAAAAUGGGAACUCUUCAACUAUGGGAAAUGGAACGUUAGAUUUUUCUAGCAAGUUUCGUUGCAUUGUUUUCAAACGCGCCCAAUUAUUAUUGAUUUUAUUUGAUCAUAAUGUAUAGAAGGCAAAGGUUGAUGAACAUGCUUGGGACCAUUUAAAAAUUUGUUCUCCUACACUGUUUCUGCCCAUUUAAAUAAGACUCAAUCGACAAUUGUUUCGACAAAUUUCUAUGCCGUAAUGCUCAUGUUUCGGUCCUUUUAUCGAACAACUUUCAGUUCCGAUUAGCAGUAGAAUGAACUGUGGCAUUUAUUUGUGAAUAUCUGGCUAAAACUAUGCAUUAAGUUCUCUACGAUGAGCUGGAUCCUAACAGAAAAUAAUGUACACGCUUGAUUCACUUUGAAAGGCCUUCGAUGAAAAAUAAUUGUUUGGUUUAAGCAUUCGAAGCGUUCAGGCUGAUGUAAAUCGAAGGCCAUAAGUAGUCGAAAAACAUUUUUUCCACAAUCUCGUGACGGCGAAACCUUCGAAAACAAUUUUUUUUUCCUUUUUUUUUUUUGACAAUUUGUGUUUGGAGUUCAUUGUUCUUAUAUUCUACUUCUUCUCAAAUCAUACACUAUUUGUAGCGAUAGUUUAACAAUUUUUUAAAUACUGUAAAAAAAGCAAAAGAAAAAAGUCGUCGUGUAUGUACAGAUAAAUAAUUAUUUACCGAUUAUAACAAAGGCGAUUAAUCCUAAGGUCAAAUAUAGGUGUGCUCAGCCUUUAAUUAUAAAAUUGCGUGGAAACCGAACCCACUGAAAUAUUGAGGAUUUUAUUUUUAAUUAACCAACGAUAUUACUUGGAGUCGUUUAAUGAUAUUGAUUUACAAUUAUGAACAACGUUCAACUCCGAAUAUGUUGCUUAAUGGGAUAAUCGUCGAAGCGAAGUGUCUUGUCCGUGAUAAUUAUUCGCAUAAACCAGUUCGUUAAUGUUAAAAUAAAUGGGAAAAUAUACCGCUUUGAAAUAAUAA